GAAGGAACUGAGUGUAAUUCGACGCAGAGAGGCAGGGGAAUGGCGGCGUCGUCGUCUCGAAUGGAGAUUGAGAAGCUGAGCUUGGAGCAGCUGAGAGGUCUGAAAGAGCAAGCCGAUUUGGAAGUCAAUUUGUUUCAAGACAGCCUCAACAACAUCCGCACCGCCACCGCCCGCCUUGAGAUCGCCUCCUCCGCCCUCCACGACCUCUCCCUCCGCCCUCAAGGGAAGAAAAUGCUGGUGCCCUUAACGGCGUCGCUUUACGUGCCCGGAACGCUGGACGACGCGGAGAAGGUCUUGGUGGAUGUGGGCACUGGUUAUUUCAUUGAGAAAACGAUGGUGGAAGGUAAGGAUUACUGUGAGCGUAAAAUUGCUUUGCUCAAGUCCAACUAUGAUCAGCUUCUUGAGGUGGCUACUAAAAAGAAAAGUAUAGCAGACGAGGCUGGGGCGGUUUUACAAGCAAAACUGAAGCAAUUGUCUCCUGCACACUAACAACUUUGGCACGGGCCGGUUUUACAAGCAAGAUUGAAGCAAUUGUCUCCUGCACAUUAACAACUUUGGCACCAUCAUUUGUUGCAUUAUUAUUGAAUUUAAACUUUGUGCGGAUGUGGUCAGCAAAUGGGCAUGGACGUGUUACUGUUAUAGACUUGCAUUUGCUGAGAGGAAAAGGGCCCAUAGAUCAAUGGGGACUCUAAGAGUGAAAUGUCUUGAAAUGGUCUUCUUUGCACUCCUGGAUAUUUUGUUGAUGCUUAUGCAAGACAGUUUAUCUUGUUCCUUUGUU